AUGGAGUACGGACGCUUCAGAGAGAGAAGGGAGCCAGAAUAUCCGUCCAUCUUCGACAUCUUUCCCUGUCAACCGACUCCAGGACCUGCCCCUCGCAUCAAGAAAGAAGAGGAUAAGGACGAUACUCGGAAGGACGGCCGUGCAGAGGGCCAUGCAGUUGGGCGCGUCAAGAAGAGGAAGGCAGCCGAAGAAACACCACCGUCUGAUGACCGCGAGCGCAAACACUCCGAGCAACGUCGCCGUCGCCGCAAGAGACGUGAGAAUAAACUGGUCGCCGCGCCCCAGGAGGGCCCUUCUGGGGUCCACGUUAUCGGGCGCUUCAAAGUGAAUAACGUCGAAGAAGAUAAUCCACCGUUUAAGAAUCGAGACAGCGACCUGCCGACACAAAGAGAGAUAUGCUCCGAGGAACGAGAUAUAAUACUGGUCGAUGCGCCGCAGGAGGGCCCCAGUGAGGUGGAUGGUGCCAAGAUGGAUCAAGAGGAGGAGAUAGUAGCUGAGUGUCUCGUCGGUGCUUUCAAGACGGAACAGAAAUGUCAAGAUUUGGAGGAGGAGGCAACAGAGAGUAUCAUGGGUGCUGCCAAGAUGGGCGAAGUGUCUGGAGAGAUUGAGAAAGGGGCAGAUAAGGUUCUUGUGGAUGCCGCUAACAUUGAUCCAGUAUGUGGAGAUGAGGAUGAAGAGGCAGCUAAGGGUCUUGUGAAAGCUGCAAAGAUGGAACAAGCCUGUCAGGAUUUAGAGGAGGAGGCAGCCGAGAGUAUGAUGGGUACUGCCAAGAUGGGCGAAGUGUCUGGAGAGAUUGAGGAAGGGGCAGAUGAUGGUCUCAUGGAUGCUGGACAGAUUGACCCAGUAUGUGUAGAUGAGGAAGUAGGGGCAGCUAAGGGCAUUGUGAAUGCUGCAAACAUGGAAAAAGCCUGUCAAGAUGUAGAGGAGGAGGCAACCGAGAGUAUGAUGGGUACUGCCAAGGUGGGCGAAGUGUCUGGAGAGAUUGAGGAAGGGGCAGAUGAUGGUCACAUGGAUGCUGGAGAGAUUGACCCAGUAUGUGUAGAUGAGGAGGAAGGGGAAGCUAAGGGCCUUGUGAAUGCUGAAAAGAUGGAACAAGCCUGUCAAGAUUUACAGGAGCAGGCAGCCGAGAGUCUGAUAGGUGCUGCCAAGAUGGGCGAAGUGUCUGGAGAAAUUGAGAAAGGGGCAGAUGAUGGUCUCAUGGAUGCUGCAGAGAUUGACCCAGAAUGUGGAGAUGAAGAGGAAGGGGCAGCUAAGGGUCUUGUCAAUGCUGCCAGGAUGGAACAAACCCAUCAAGAUUUAGAGGGGGAGGCAGCUGAGAGUCUGAUGGGUGCUGCCAAGAUGGGCGAAGUGUCUGGAGAGAUUGAGAAAGGUGCAGAUGAUGGUCUCAUGGAUGCUGGAGAGAUUGACCCAGUAUGUGUAGAUAAGGAGGAAGGGGCAGCUAAGGACCUCGUGAAUGCUGCAAAGAUGGAACAAGUCUGUCAAGAUUUAGCGGAGGAGGCAGCCGAGAGUCUGAUGUGUGCUGCCAAUAUGGGCGAUGUGUCUGGAGAUAUUGAGGAAGAGGCAGAUGAUGGUCUCAUGGAUGCUGCAGAGAUUGACCCAGCAUGUGGAGAUGAGGAGGAAGGGGCAGCUAAGGGUCUUGUCAAUGCUGCCAGGUUGGAACAAACUCAUCAAGAUUUAGAGGAGGAGGUAGCUGAGAGUCACAUGGGUGCUGACAAGAUGGUUGAUGACUGUGGAGAUGAGGAGGAAGGGUCAGCUGACACUCUCGUGAAUGUUGCCAAGACGGAACAAGCCCAUAGAUAUCUAGAGGAGGACGCAGCAGAGAGUCCCAUGGGUGCUGCCAAGAUGGAGGAAGUCUUGUGUAGAGGUGGAGGAGGGGGCAGCUGGGAGUCUUUGUAG